AUGUCGAAAGCGUAUAACUUCGAUUGGCAAAUUGAAGUACCGACUCGUCUCCUGAAAGGCGAUUAUUUCGAUCGUUGGGAUGAAGAAAAUGGCUCUCUAGAGCAGAAUUGUUUGUUUCGUGUUGAUAGCUACGGAUUUUUUAUUUAUUGGCAAAGCGAAGGACGAGAUGGACAAGUUAUUGAGCUCUCCCAAGUUAGUGAUAUACGACCAGGCAAAGCUCCAUCAGAUCCCAAAAUUGGAGCUGAUCUCAUGGCAAAUUCAUUGGUCUACGGACGUGGAAACAUUGAUGAGCGAACAGUGACAAUCUGCAGUGGUAUUGAUUUCGUGCAAAUCAGCCACACGAAUAUCACAGGUGCCGAUCCGGCGACCGCAAAAGCAUGGAUUGAAGGUCUAAGGAAAAUCACGCAUAAUCAUAAAGCUAAUAAUAUAUGCCCGACGACUAUUCUACGAAAACAUUGGAUGAAAUUAUCGUUUAUGUUGAAUGUAAACAAGAAAAUUCCUGUUCGGAGCAUUAGUAAAACAUUCGCCUCGGGUCGAACAGAAAAGCGUAUUUUCGAAAUUUUAAAGGAACUCGGUUUACCAAGUGGAAAAAAUGAUGAAAUCGAUCCUGUAGACUUUACUUUCGAAAAAUUUUCGGAUCUUUAUCAUAAAAUUUGCCCACGCACGGACAUAGCUGCAUUAUUCGAUCAAUUAUCCGGUGGAAAAGAUUAUAUUACAACAAAACAGUUUGUUGAUUGGCUUAAUGAAACUCAACGUGAUCCUCGUUUGAAUGAAAUUCUAUUUCCGUUUUACGAUACUAAUAGUGCAUUAAGAAUCAUCGAUCGAUAUGAGUUACGUGCGAAUUAUCGUGAUCGUGGACAUCUGUCUUGCGAUGGUCUAACGCGAUAUUUAAUGUCCGAUGAAAAUGCGCCGGUCUUUCUCGACCGCUUGGAAGUUUAUCACGAUAUGGAUCAACCAUUGUGCCAUUAUUUGAUCAACUCUUCGCAUAAUACUUAUCUACAAGGACGACAGUUUGGUGGUCGAUCAUCUGUUGAAAUGUACCGACAGGUUCUACUAGCUGGCUGUCGGUGUAUUGAGUUGGAUUGUUGGGAUGGAAAGAAUGAUACAGAACCAAUCAUUACACAUGGAAAAGCGAUGUGCUCGGAUAUAAACUUUAAAGAGGUGAUCUAUGCGAUACGAGACACAGCGUUUGUUACAAGUGAUUAUCCAGUUAUACUUUCAUUCGAAAAUCAUUGCUCGAAAGCACAACAAUACAAGCUAGCAAAGUAUUGCGAAGAAAUACUGGGAGAUUAUCUAUUAACUAAACCAUUAGAUUCACAUCCGUUGGAACCCGGUGUGCCUUUACCAUCGCCGAAUGCAAUGAAACGAAAGAUUCUUUUGAAAAACAAACGGCUAAAGCUCGAAAUCGAAAAAAAACAACUCGAUCUAUUUCUCAAAGGUUUUGACACUGAAGUCAAUAAUGAUAACGAUCUCGACUCAGCAGCGAAUGUCGAAGGCGAAGAUAGUCCAGCCGCAUUUGUUGAUAACAUGAAACUACGCGACGAUGACGACGAAGCUCAUCCCGAAUUAAACGUCGACAUCAAUGACGAUGCUAAUCGUCGUACUUUAUUUAGUCAAUUAGGUUUUAAAUUGAAAAGCUCAUCCGUUUUAUCGCGUGAAGAAGAAGAAGCGUUAAUGAACGGCUAUCAAUACAAAGGUGCCACAACAAAUAUUCAUCCACUUUUAUCCUCACGUGUUAAUUAUACUCAACCUAUUAAAUUUCCUGGUUUCGCUAAAGCGGAAGAACGAAAUAUUCACUAUCAUAUGUCGUCAUUCUCGGAAAAUGUUGCCCUUCAACACUUGAGACAAAAUCCGAUUGAAUUUGUCAAUUACAACAAACGACAAUUGUCGCGCAUUUAUCCGAAAGGUGGCCGUGUAGAUUCGUCAAACUACAUGCCGCAGAUCUUCUGGAAUGCUGGAUGUCAAAUGGUGUCGCUGAAUUUUCAAACACCUGAUCUUCCCAUGCAAUUGAAUCUAGGCAAAUUUGAAUACAAUGGAAAUUGUGGUUAUUUGUUGAAACCAGAUUUUAUGCGACGACCUGAUCGUACAUUUGAUCCGUAUGCUGAAAGUCCUGUUGACGGCGUUAUCGCAGCAUUUUGCAGUGUUCGUGUUAUAUCUGGUCAAUUUUUAUCUGAUAAAAAAAUUGGUACUUACGUUGAAGUUGAUAUGUAUGGUUUGCCAGCUGAUACGAUAAGGAAAGAAUAUCGUACGAAAACCAUACCGGCGAAUGGGCUCAAUCCGAGAUAUGAUGAAAGUGUUUUCGAAUUUCGAAAAAUUGUUCUUCCUGACUUAGCUAUUUUGCGUAUUGCUGUUUAUGAAGAGACGGGCAAACUAAUUGGACAACGUGUUUUACCGUUAGAUGGUUUACAAGCUGGUUAUCGACAUAUAUCACUACGAACUGAAGGAAACUUCCCACUAUCCUUGCCAACGAUAUUUUGUGAAAUCAUACUGAAAUCUUACGUUCCCGAUGGUCUAACUGAAUUUGUCGAUCAAUUGAACAAGCCAUUACUAUCGAAGAAAUCCGAGGAAUCGAUUAGUUCAUCAAUUAUUUCCACAGAUGUGAAUUUAACAGCAAGUACGUCAUCUAUACGACGAAAUCGUAUGCUAACGGAUACAGCAUCAGCACCAAGUCCAACAUUAGAUAAUCGAUUAACACCAACCAUGUCCGGUGCUAGUUGUAGUUCGAUAACGACCAUAACGACGAACGAUAGCGCCAGUGUUGCUUCAUCGUUAUCGACAAAAUCCAAAACAUCAAUCGAAACAAUCGUUCCGAUAACAUUGGAUUACUUACGUGAACAAAAGAAUUUUGUUAAGUUACAACAUAAACAGGAAAAAGAAACAGUAGUCAUGAAAAAGAAACAUACGAAAGAACAAAGUGUGCUCAGUGAACAGCAAUCCAAAGUGUUGAAUAAAGCAAAGAAUGAAUCGGAAAAAGGUGCACGAUCACCCAUGAUACAAAAUGCCAAUCAAAGAAAAGACUUAACUAAUGGUGGAACUGUUAAGAAUGAAUCAAAACUAAUGGAUCUUAUCAAUGAACAGAAUGUUGAAUGGUCAUUACUCAUUCAACGGCAAUUAGCUGAAAUGAAUUCACUGCGACGACAACAUAUCAAAGAGCAAUGUGAAGUCUUACGUCUUCUACUUGACGAAACACAAAGGAGUCAAAUCAAAGAUAUCACUGAUCGACACAUACGUGAGAAGAAAGAUUUGGAAUUGAGUCAAGUACGGCAAAAUAUCGAAGAUAGUAAACGUCUUGGAUCGGAGAAAAACAUUCGAACUAAAGCCGAUCUAGAGCGUCGUGUUCGAGAGUUAAAAUCCAAUAAUACAAAAAAAUUCUUAGAAGAACGUAAGAGACAAAUCAUGAAACAUGAACGCGAGAAAGAUAAUCUUGUCAAAUCACAUGAAACACAAAAGUUUACACUUUUAGCUGAAAUUGAUAAGAUGCUUGAAUCGAGUGUUAAUUAUCAAGUUGAACCUCCAAUCUCGCAAUUAUCGUUGUCAUCUGACUGA